AUGGAGACCCGUAGCAAACGACGUCGAAGGUUGUCGGAAGCAAACCACAUCGACAAACUCGGAGACGAUCUCCUCGUAGAAAUUCUGAUCCGGUGCCUCCCGAACCCUAGAUCCGCCUGUCGCUGCAAAACCGUCUGCAAGCGUUGGAGGCGCCUGAUCUCCAGUCCCAACUUCAAUCUCAGUUUCAUUUCUCACCACCGGAGCAUGAACGAGGGGUCGUCAUCACGGCCUCUGCUCAUUGAUUACACGCACGACGUGCAAUCGAUCAUCAGCUUCAUGCCCGCCGCGGCCAUGGACGCUCGAGGCCAUUUCAAAGUUUUGGAUAGCUUCAAGGACUUGCUUCUGUGCGGGUUCGUGGGCCAGGCUUACAACAGCGAGCUCAGCAGGACGUUCGUGGUCUGCAAUCCGUUUACGAAGCAAUGGUUGGCCCUCCCUCUGGCGCCUGAAAGGGCGAUGGAGUAUGGACCUACAAGGGGAUGGGCGGCGAGGUUAGUUUGCGAACCCCGUAUCUCUCAUGAUCUUGAUUUAGGAGAUCAUGACGAUGAUAAAACAUUCGUUUAUUCCGAGUAUCGGUUUCGAGUGGUGAUACUGUACCAACAUGAGAGGUCUGCAAAGCUAGAUCGGUUUUGCUCCGAGUCUGGAGAAUGGACAGGGGGGGCUCUUGUUCUCGACGGCAUCAUCUUUAAGAAAAAUGCAGUUUCGUGCAACGACGAGUUGUUUUGGGUUUAUGCUAGAGAUGAUGAUGAUGGCAAGGAUACUCCUAUAUUGGUUGCAUUUAAUCCAUUCCGGCUAGAUUUAUCUCUCAUUUCCAUUGAUUCUUCUAUGCUCGCUGAGAAUCCAAAAUGGAAUAUUUCGGUCUCGCAAGGUGCUCUGCACAUAGUUGCAUUCAGAAAGAUCUCUGCUCCUCCUGCACCUGAUGAUUGUUCAGGGGAUCUGGUCUCCAGUACUGUUUGGAGGCUCGAACCGGACCGUAAAUCUUGGAGUAAAGAAUUUGAAGGGUUGAUGAAGAAAGCUAAAUAUGAUCCUAUGAAAUGCACAUUUAUCGGUCUGCAUCCAGAGAAGACGGAAAUUGCAUUCUUCAACUAUCGUCAUGAUGUUGUAGCUAUGCCUAUGUCGUCCACUUUCUUGUCCUGCGAUUUGAGGAGGGGAGAGCUAGAGCUCUUCGCUGAACUAAAACUAUCUCAUCCUUGUUUUAAGGUACUCCGACCUAGGUUCGUCUGUUGGCCUACUCCGAUCCAUAGGUACGAGGAAUUGCGAAGUAUGUACAAUAAUGGAACUGAUGAGAGAGGUUUAGUUCAGGGCACCGAGGCAACACACCAGUAA